CGCUGCUGUACAGUGUUUUUAAUGGGGUGUUCAGUGAAAGAAUUCUGUAGAUUUAUCUAUCAACAAAGAUUAAUCACUCUGUAGAAAUGAUUGUAGGAUGAGAAAGGGUUUUAUUGUUUGUGUAUUAUUAUUAAUAUCAGAGCCGAUAUGUAGCGUGAGUGAAUUAAUAAUAACGCCUCAGUCUGUAGAUGGUAUUGAGGGAGACGUUCUAACAGUUAAAUGUCAGGCUAGAAACCUUCGUCACCCUCCCAAAAAUAUAUUCUGGACGCGACAGAGCCUCAGUACCGACGACCACAAACAGAACUUCUACCAACAUCGUGAGAAUAAUGUGACUUCAUCGUUUCAUAUUAUUAAAUUACACAGGUCGGAUGCCGGUAUCUAUAAAUGUGUGUUGAUAACGUACGACAAUACAGAAACAGUCAACAAAUUAAUCCUUCAUGUUGCUAGGAAAUCUAUCAGUCCGUCAUGUGGGCAUACAAGAUUUAGAUGUAUGACAGGAGAUAAUUGUAUAUUUCUACGAUAUAGAUGUGAUGGAAUUCCUCAUUGUACCGACCAAUCAGAUGAAAAAGAUUGUCCAAGAUCCGUCUGUGAAUCAAAGUUUCGGUGUCGCAACGGUCAAUGUAUAGAUCAUUUAUUUUUAUGUGAUGGUUCUGAUGAUUGCGGAGAUUAUUCGGAUGAAUUAAACGACAGUUGUCGAUUAAUCCACAUGGAGGAUCCGAAAAUAGAUGAUGUGACACUUGUGUCCCCUACUCCACUUGAUCCAGAUGCCGACCAUUUUAAUUGGUUGAAAACAACGGUCUAUAUUGUGAUUGGUUGUACUGUGGCCUUAGUCAUCUUCAUUUCAUUUAUAGUUAUCAUAGUAUUUCGUGUUAAAAUGAAAAGACUUCGCGCUAGACGAGUCGCUAGAGCCUUGGAGAGACACAGACGACACCAAUCAGGCUCGCAGCACGGUCGACCGUCAGAACACGAGGCCUUUCUUCCCGUAGGUUCUAACUCGCAUUAUGGUAACAUCAUCGUGAAUGUUAAUAACGGCGUUCAAUACGUACCUAAUUCUGAAUUUGGUGGAUUGAUGGAGGCGCCGCCUUCGUAUGCUGAAGUAGUUGGCGUUGAAUUAGAAGUCCGUGAUUCUCCGCCUCCCGCCUAUAGUACUAUUGAUAGAAACCCAAAAACUACUGUAGAGACUGCCACUAACACCAGUCGUCACGAUCUAUCUUCCACCGUCGCUACUGCAAAUCUUAUGCAAAUUCAGCAUCAAUCAUCUAAUUCCAUUCAAACUGUCCCUGAAAAUCGUGCUCAGUCUUCAAACAUUUUUACGAGUGUCGAAGGAGCUGUAGGUGCAGUGCGUGCUAGUCAUUCUAACAUUAACGCAAAUAGUGCUAAUAUAUCCUUGACUAACAUAGACAAUUCUGUAGGACAUAUACUCACUCCCCCACCCCCUUCAUGUUCAUCAACUUCAUCACAUGACAAUAAUACACCUAGAGUUAUCUCCCCUAGACCUAGUGCUUCAAGUAGUUCUCAUGACAACCAUUCAGUCUCACCUCCACCAUCUAACAUCUUCAUGUGUGUAGAGGGCGCUGUUAAACAUCUGAAUCGACCCAGCACCUCCACUGACGAAACAUCAAAUACGCCAUCAACCUCUGAAACUCCGGUCACAGAAACACCCCCACAAGCUGCCCUUGAUUCAUCUGCAAAUAGGUCCGCUGAUGAGACGUUGGCCAAUCAAGAUACAGAUGUCAUCCCAGCAGCAAGCGGCCAUCUUGCCGUAUGUGGUGGAAAAAUCUUUUUGAGAUCUGAUAGUUCAAGUUCUACUGGUACGUCUGCUGUUAGCCCACCCAUAAAAGGUCAUUUAGAGGUCAAAGGUGGUCAAAUCGUGAUCAAACCCGAGAGAAGUACCCCUGGUCCCGUUUCAGAAGUGCCCAGAUCUAGUGAUAGUGAUACAGGAUCUUUAGGACGAGGGGCGUUACAGGUACGCGAGGGAAGAAUUGUUUUACGUUAAUCAAGACGUGUCGUACAUUACAAAAUUUUCAGAUGACAAUGAACCAUCCGUUUUUUUAUUGGAAUUCAAAAAUAUUUAGAAUUUUUUAGAUCUUCAUAGUGCCCUUAUUUGGUAUAAAAUACCAUGCAGAUGAAGAGAAGCAGAUGCAAGAAAACUUAAACUGAAAUAUUUUAAGAAAGUAGCUUUUUCAUUGGUCAAGAGCUAAAAUCUAUGCUAUGAUUGUAGUGCCCAGCCAAUGAAUAAUCAGUAUUCUUAAAAUAGUUACGAUUUAAAGAUGCAUUAUGUUGAUGUAUUAUAAUUACAGGUUAAAGAUGCAUUAUGUUGAUGUAUUAUAAUUACAGGUUAAAGAUGCAUUAUGUUGAUGUAUUAUAAUUACAGGUUAAAGAUGCAUUAUGUUGAUGUAUUAUAAUUACAGGUUAAAGAUGCAUUAUGUAAGAGUUAAAUCUUGUGCCUAUAGCAAGUUUUUAUUUUGGCUUCAAAUGUUAUAUAAAUUAUACUGUUUGAAUGGUAUUUAGUAAUUGAACACAUUAAAAUAAACACAACAGUUCUAUAGAUACCAAUUACUGUAUUUCUAUUAAAGCUAUGUUUCAACAAUGAUUCUCUUGUCGUUAUCGUUGUGCUUGAUAAAGACAAGAGAAUCAUUGUUGAAACAUAGCUUUAAUAGAAAUACGGUAAUUGUUAUCUAUAGAAUUGUUGUAUUUAUUUAUUUUUAUGUUAUAUAAAUUAGAGGGGGUUGGAUGGCCGAAUGGUUAGCAUGUGCGCGCUGUAUCAUAAGGCCUGUCAUUAAGUCAACUGGCGUGGUUUCAAAUCCCUGGUUGUACGUGACAAGGAGUAGGGUCGCCUGUCCAACCUCGUGGGUUUUCUCUGGGUCUUCCGGUUUCCUCCCACUGCUAAAGACCCCUACGUGCAAACGAAUUAUUGAAAUAAAAUUAAACCAUAUGUUAGUCCCGAAAUGACCUAGUUUGUGUCAGACAUCUAUUUACAUCACAAGUCAAGUCUGUAAUAAACUUUCUAGAUCACUGGAUGACAGAGAUUUAAACGGAUUGAAAAAUGAUCGCUAUUAAAUGAUUUGAUUUUAAUAUUUGAGUCUAUUUUUCAACUAGUAUAGCAAGAAUGGCCCGCACUUUAUCGACAUCUUACAUAAUGCAUUUUUAAUUUUUUGUGAAUAGAGUGUCUGAGAAUCUUGUCAUACAGUGCUUCCUAUGAUAGUUCUACGCAUUUCAUAGAAAUCGGGGCAGUGUUUCAAUAAAACUUAAAUCUUCUUAAAUCGUCUUAAACUAAAAUUUCGUCCUCACUUAAGAUAGAUGAGUUUCACAAAACAAUUUUAAGCAUACUAAAAUCUAUUAAAAUUGCAUUUAAGUUAGAAUCGAACUUCGUGAAAGGCAUAAAAUUUAAAAUUUCAUUUUGAUUUUACUUAAAAUCUAUUUUAGUGAUUUUAGCUUAAGUUUUUGUGAAACAGGGCCCAGAAAUGAUCUUGAUUUGAUCAGGGGUGGACAUUAGAAGUUUUUGUUUUUCUAACUGUAAUGUACGCUCGUAGAUGUAAAUAGAUCCAUUAUUUGUAUGUUUCUGUGAUCAUAGAAGUUAUUUCUAUGUUAACAUGUUCAGUACACUCCAAGUGUAUCAGUCAAAAUAAGUCAACGCUGAUUGGUUAAUCAAUGUCUGACAUCAUAGGGUCAAAAGCCACUCGUAUGACCCCCUGACGCGACCUCCCAGUACAACUGGUCAGAUCUUCAUGUAGUGUAGGCCAUUGAAGUUAUAAAAAAAAAAAACGAAACGAAAUAUAGAUUUGUAUUAUAAUCAGAUUGCUCCAAGUGUAUCAGUCAAAAAUUCAUAUGAACACGUGUAGUUCAUUAGCAUCUCAUUAUAUUCACUCAGAAUUUUUUGCAAACUAGAACAAUCUUUUUCCUUUUAAAUUUAAAGGGCACAUAAAAUGGGCGAGAAGACUUUUCAGUACAUACAGCCAAUGGUUACUAUAUCCACUUAUUCUGUAGUCAAUUUCUUUUAUUUAAUUAGGGGAUUAAGGAAUCAGUCAGGCAUUAAUGAAUACGUAUGCCAGCUGUAUGUAGGUAAUUUAGGAAUAAACAUUCCAAAUACGCAUAUUGGUCACUGUGAUGUCACUGCCGUCUGAGGGGAUUAAGAGUGUUUUCGAUAAUUGGCAAAGUCGUUUUUAUAGUUGGUAUCUUUUUGCGACUUUAGUGUAGAUAGCUGUAUUAAUUUUAUAAUCAGAUUGGUGUGAACUUGCCGUAAAGUGGAUAUAGUAACCAUUGGCUAUGGGUACCAAAACGUUUUCUCGCCCAUCUUAUGUGCCCUUUAACAUAGACAAAUUCAUUUUGGGUACAGAUUGGCUCCGAAACAAGAGAAUUCUUGCAGCAUCUUAUCCUAGUCACUCAGAUGUUUUGGAAAACGUAACUAAUUUAUACACAGACUAAAUCAAUUUGUCAAAGAAAAAUUUAGAAUUGUCUUGGAGCAUGGUUUCCAAUUCGGCCAUUAUGCCUGUCUUUGACCGCUGUUUGUCUUAAAGACAAAACUUGGAGUAUACGGUCAUAAAAAUUCAUUUUUUUUAUAAAUGUUUUAUAAAAAUCAAAUUACAAUUGUGUAUAUUAUAAUUAUGUAUAUAACAUUACAUGAAACUAUUCUUCUUGGAAUAUAUUGUGAUGGCCUGUCUUAUUUACAUUUAUACCGUAAUACCGUACUUAAAUUAAAAUCUACUUAAACAUGCAUAAUGCAAGUGUACUGUUCUUGGAUUUAAAAUCUCAUAUACAUACAAUAUGCAAGUGUACUAUUCUUGGAUUUAAAAUCUAAUUGAACAUGCAUUAUGCAAGUGUACCCACAGAUCCUAUUUCGUUUUGUUUUUGGGGGGUUGGAUGGCUGAAUGGUUAGCGUGCGCGCGCUGUAUCAUAAAGUCUGUCAUUGAGUCGACUGGCGUGGUUUCGAAUCCUCGGUUGUACGUGGCAAGGAGUAGGGUCGCCUGUCCAACCUCGUGGGUUUUCUCCGGGUCCUCUGGUUUCCUCCCACUGCUAAAGACCCCUACGCGCAAGCGAAUUAUGUAAACAAAAUUAAAAACCAUAUGUUGGUCCCGAAAUGACCUAGUUUGUGUCGAGUGGACGUUAAACCCCAUUUCUCUCUCUCUCUCUCGUUUCGUUUUUUAUAGUUCAAAAUUCCAUCGAAAGUAUAAAAAAAACGAAACGAAAUAUAGAUCUAUGUUUUAAUCAGAUUGAAUGACUACAUGUAAAUGCCAUUGGAAGAAUUUAUAGUCGAUAAGGAGGCUACAGUAGAACAUGAAAUUAUUGUGCCAUGAAUUUAUUGCUGAUUGUUCUAGUAUUGCCGAUUGUAUCCGGGCCCUUAUUCACGAAAACUUAAACUAAGAUACAAUCGAAAUUUUAAGAAAUACUGCAUUUUGAUUGGCUGACCAAUAUGCAAAUUGGAUAUAUGCAAAUUGAUUUUACUGGUCAGCCAAUUGAAUUGCAGUAUUUCUUAAAAUUUCGAUUGUAUCUUAGUUUAAGUUUUUGUGAAUAAGGGCCCCGUACUACGGACAAGUUUACAUGAAAUAAAUGCAAAGUUCAAUUACAACAUUUAAUUAUGUCAUGAAAUUAAUGCUAACUAUAGUCAUUAGUAUUAAUUCCAUUCAUACAAACAUUUCAUGACUAAGAUUGUAAGACAUUUGUGUAUGUAUAAAGUUUUUUUUUAUAGUAGAAUAUUUUACAUGUUUUCGUUAUAGAAAACUCAAUCACUCCUUCACAACAUUUUCUACUUUCAUUUCCUACUUUUAUAAUUUUACUGUUCCAUAAUUAGUGGUCUUAAUACAUCUUUGGUGGGGUUUUAUUUGCUUGGUUAAAGAAGGGUUAAUUGCAAUAAAAAAUCUGACAGAAUCAAUCCCAUCCUUGUUAGCCCCAGUGGUAUCGCUUCGUUAUACUCCAUUCGGAAUGAGACCACAGUGGUAUCACCCCAUUCUACUCGAGGCAGAAUGAUACCACUGUGGUAUCGCUCAGUUCUACUCCAUUCGGAAUGAGACCACUGUGGUAUCACCCCAUUCUAAUCGAGGCAGAAUGAUACCACUGUGGUAUCGCUCAGUUCUACUCCAUUCGGAAUGAGACCACUGUGGUAUCACCCAAUUCUACUUGAGGCAGAAUGAUACCACUGUGGUAUCGCUCAGUUCUACUCCAUUCGGAAUGAGACCACUGUGGUAUCACCCCAUUCUACUCCAGGCAGAAUGAUACCACUGUGGUAUCGUUCAGUUCUACUCCAUACGGAAUGAUACAACUCGGAUACCGAGGAUGAAUCAAUCCUAAAUGGUCCAUUCAUCAAAAUACUAAAAAGUGGACAAAUUCAGCAACAUUGUGCUGUAAAUAGUGGAUUUGAAAAAAAAAAAGUCCAUAUUUUUAGCUGAGUUUGACCAUUAAAGUUGAUUACAUCAGUAAGUUCAGAAUAUUGAUUUAAAAACAUAAAGCACAAUGCCAGACGCUGCUCCGGACAGUCCUGCUCUGGAUAGCUCUGCUGUGAAAGCCCUGUUCUGGAUAGCUCUACUCUGGACAGUCCUGUUCUAGAUGGUCCUGCUGACAUUAUUUUUUUUCAAGAAUUUGAAUUGUAUGUGUUCUGUUCUAAUAAUAUGUUGAUGGUCAGUAUAACAAAAUUGAUACCUGGUCUUAUGUACUGUGUGCCCGGGAGAAUAGCAUUGUCAGGGCAGUAGCUUUUGACCCCAAAGUUGCGAGUUUGUUUUAAACAUCCAAACUCGAAUCAUGUAAAAGUUAUAAACAAAUGAUUUAGUGCUAUAUAUUUAUUGGUGGGGGGUGGGGAGGAGGGCUUAGCCAUUGAGACAACUUGAUUCACCCUUAUAUUUUAUUUGGGAAAAGAGAUUUAAACUUUUGUCUAUGGUUGUUGUGAAUUAAUUUUCGAGGAGGGUCUUAGUCAAGGUAGACAUCUAAUGCAUUGGUGGGGGGAUAGGGGUGCAUCUAAGCUUGCUUGUGUCUGUGAUUGGUGUGAAUUAUUUUUUUUUAACUCCCGCUAUAGGAUUGAGGACGAUCUUAGCCAAGGGAGACAACCUUGAUUCUUUGUUUAUCAAUCAUGACGUGUAUAUGUUUAAUAUAGGUAUAUUUGUAUAUUAUUAUAAGUCAUUGUACAGGUGUUUUUUUGUAUAUUCAAACAGUAUUAGCUUAUUAUAUAUAUUAAAGGAAGUAUUUGGUGCAU